CCAAUGCUUGCCUUACACCAAUCUGUGCGUCUGUCAAUACGCGGCUUUCAUCCUUAUCGAUCAAUGUAUCUUACAAAAAUCUCCUCUAUUAUUUUGUCAUUUCAGUAUGUAAAAGUGAUUAAUCAUCUUGACUCAUUCAAUCCGAUCAGGCACAAUGGAUUUCGAAGGAGGAGAGUACAGCUGCAGAUGCCACAGUGGACCCAGACCAGUCCAGAUUCAGCCAAACAACAUGGAUGGUCAAGGUCAAGACAACUCAGGGUCAAUGACACAUUCUCAACAUCAAGGACCAGACAUGGACAUCUGUGAUUGGCCGAUCUAUGGACCAGCUCGAGCUGAAGACACCAUUGAAGAAAAACACCAGAUUCAGCAUAACAUGGAUAAUCAGGUUGUAUAUUUAGACCACAAUUAUUCAAAACAUCAAUUUGAAAUUAUAGUGCUCAAGUCAGAGGUUCUGAUUGAAGGAGAAGAACACCAACAACAUGAAGGAACAGUGGAAGAAGAGGAGAUUCAGCAAGAAAAUGAUACAGGCAUACAGAUAGAAAGCAUCUAUUCUCUCUCAACAGAUAGACUGAACUGUGACCCCUUUAUACCUGUACAUGUGAAAGUUGAGAAUCUAGAAGAAUCUUAUGAAACACACUCAGAAACAUUAGUGAAUAUUGAAGACAAUUCUUCUGACACAUUAUUUACACAUUCUGAAAGUACAAGCUUACCACAAGGAGUAUGUAUAUCAAACUCUGUUGAACAAGGAGGUUCAAGCUCCAUUAAUAGAUCAGUUGAUGAAACUCUUGGGAACACUUUGAUCAACGAUUCCGAUGAAGACCUCAAUGAGGUGGACUUAUUAAUUAAAAAUGCAAGAAAGAAUGUGAUUGAUGCAGCAAGUGAUAGUGACUUGAAUGAAUGUCAGUUGUGUGGUGAAGCAUUCAGCAACAUCAGAGAAUUAAAUCUUCAUUGUAGAAUACACACAGCUGGGAAACAACAUAAGUGCAAGUACUGUGAUUACAAAACAAAAAAGAAAGAACAUCUCAUGCAACAUAUAAGAAUUCACACUGAAGAAAAACCCUACAGCUGUGAUUUUUGUGAUUACAAAGCAAUACAAAAAUCAAAUCUCACCCAACAUUUAAGGAUUCACACUGGAGAGAGACCCUACAGCUGUGAUUUCUGUGACUACAAAGCAACAGUGAAAUCAGCUCUCACACAACAUUUAAGGAUUCACACUGGUGAAAGACCAUUCAGCUGUGAUUUCUGUGAUUACAAAGCAACACAAAAAUCAGCUCUCACCGAACAUUUAAAGAUUCACACUGGAGAGAGACCCUACAGCUGUGAUUUCUGUGACUACAAAGCAAUACACAAAUCAGCUCUCAACAGACAUCUGAGGACGCACACUAAAGAAAGACCCUUCAGCUGUGAUUUCUGUGAUUACAAAGCAACACAAAAAUCAGCUCUCACCCAUCAUCUAAUGAUUCACACUGGAGAGAGACCCCUCAGCUGUGAUUUCUGUGACUACAAAGCAACAGAGAAAUCAGCUCUCACCAAACAUAUAAAGACUCACACUGGAGAGAAACCCUUCAGCUGUGAUUUUUGUGACUACAAAGCAACAGUGAAAUCAUAUCUCACACAGCAUUUAAGGAUUCACACUGGAGAGAAACCCUUCAGAUGUGAUUUCUGUGACUACAAAGCAACAGACAAAUCAGCUCUCAACAGACAUCUGAGGACUCACACUGGAGAGAGACCCUUCAGAUGUGAUUUCUGUGACUACAAAGCAAUACACAAAUCAGCUCUCAACAGACAUCUGAGGACGCACACUAAAGAAAGACCCUAGAGCUGUGAUUUCUAUUACUACAAAACAAAUCUAAGAAAAAUUAAGGAAACCCACUUGCAAAAAACUUUGAAAUUAAUUUUUUUCAUACAAAAUCUCUUACAAUCCAAAACAACAUUCAAAUACUAAAAAAAAUUAACUGAUUUCUAAGGCCCCAUAACUCUUACAACAGCUCAACCUUCAAAACUCUGAACCAUUCAUUAACAUAGAAAAUAUAUAAAUAAUUAUAUCAAUUAUUAUUUAAAUAGAAACUAUGUCAAUCAGAAAUCAAUCUCAGACAUAAUACUUCAAGAAAGUUUCAAAAUGUUAAUGUCUUGCCCUUCUUAUCAUCUGCAUGAUUCAUAACAUAUUUUCUAUCUGAAUAUUUUUUUUUAAAUUUAGCUGACUCACUGUACAUACUACUAUAAAUAUUCCCAGAUUUGUUUUUCUAGUCAGUACAAUAUGUAUUCAUAUUUUUCGAAUAUCUGUGCAAUAAAGUAUAAAAGUUUUCAAAUAAAACUCUCAAUAUUCAUUUUUGUCUUUCCUAUCUAUUCUAUUAUAAAAUUAUCCAUUAAUGUCUAUGAAUGCAACAUCAGUUAUGUCUUUUCAAAUAAAUUAUCCUUGCUUCUAUUACAUUUUAUUUUAAAACACUUUUUAACCAGACUAUGCUCUAGUGAUUUCAAUGUUACAAUGUUCAAUGUUUUAUUAUGCUCUUUGCACCUGGAUUCACAAGAUUUUUGUUCUUAAAUAACUUUUUAAUUGUGCAUUAAUUUAAGAAUUGAAAUGAGAGGCCAAAAUAUGUUCUUUCUAAAUUCUCCAUUUUCACUUUCACCACCCACUUAUCUUUUGAAACAAAAACGUUUUAGCAUUUCAAAAAUACCUUGUUUGUUUGUGUAGUAGUGCUAUAGUGUUUAGUAUUAAUAAUUUUUGUAUAGUAGGGCUCAUCGAAUUUCUAUCUAGCUGUUUACCCUGUUGUCAAUAUUUGCAGUAGCAGAAGUCUUUGGGGUGAUUUACAGCAAAUUUGGUUUUCUGUCCAAUAAUAAUUUUUACAAUCCUUGUCAUGCUCUUUGCACCUGGAUUCACAAGUUUUUUUGUUGAAAAAGAUAGACUCUAGGAUCAUUUAUAAUAAAUUGAGUUUGAACUGGACAGAAUAGGUUCAGGAACAGCAAACUUAUAAUAAAAAAAUCAAAGACAUUCUUAUCAAGCCAAAUAGGUAGGUUCAUUUCUAUCAUUUUAUUUAAGUUAAUGAAGGUGCCCUAAACAGGACUUUUAGUCCUGGGGUACUUGAAAUUAUUUAUUCUUCUUUUGAUGUGAAUGAAUUAUUGUGAUUUCUUUGUACAACGUGUAAUUGUAUUAUUUUUAUUAUCUUUAUUUUUUAUAAUUUGCAAGAUUGUUGUUGUUAUAUAUCUACUGUACUAUUCAUAAUUUCUGAUUAUGUGUAAUGUAUGAAUUGCAAGAAUAAAUGAAUUUAUAUAUUACUGUAUAUUAUUAUUAAAGUUUACUCGAGAGAUGUUUGAUUUCAAGGGUUAAAUAAUCCAAUUUUAUCCACAACACUACAGGCUCAAGAAAUACUGUGAUUCACCAGCAUACAGGAGUCCCCCUCUCCAUUCUCUAUCACAAAUCUGCAAAGUUGUGGAGAAAGGUAGCAUAACUAUAGUAAGGUCCAUGUUAUAAUGGCAGUGUUUGAUUAGCAAUGGUAUUGCUAUCCUUGUCUAUCAUUCAACAAAGCAGAUAGCACUAUCUCUUUUUCGCUAUGCUCUGUUGCCAGAUCAUCUUUCAACAAUGUAGAAUUAAUAAUUAACAAAAUAUUUUAUUGUAAUUAUGAAAAUUCAUGAAAGUGAUAUUCAAAUGACUCAACAGUUGAAGAGCUGUGAGAGUAUUAUCAUAGAGAAAAGAUAGCAUAAGAAGAUAUCUCAUGCUCAUGGUAUAGGGUGUUCAUGUUCUAAAUUUAAAGCCAAUUUCUUGUCAACUCAAGCCGAUUACUGUCUACUCCUGUCUUUUAUUACGUUUUGGGUGGGUGAGAGUAUAAGAAUGGCACAGUAUGAGUCUACCAGUGUCACAUAGCUUCACAAAAAAGAACCAGGUGGACUGAAUUGCCCCAAAUGUCAUGUCAUGUAAAGGUGCUUACAGAUUUACACUUGACACUGUAGAGCAAACAGCAACGGCGCAUGCGCUUUGUAUUUAGUCGUAGUACCAUGAAAGCCACUGACAGUGACACUGCUUGCCCAAACUUUUACCGCUAAUCGCUAAUAUUUGACAAUGUGAUGAAUUUGACAAUAUGAUUUAUUUAAUAAAUCGCUAAUAUUUGAGGUUAAGGUAGAUUGUUAAUUAUUCACAAGGUGACGUAUAAUAAUACUAUUACUAUUUAAAACUUUUAAAUAAUUUAAGCAUCAAAACUAGUUGUUUUUAAUUUAAUUUAUAAAAAAAAAUCUCCAAAAGGUAGGGUACUAUGGUGUUUAGAUUCUUAUCGGUGAUGGUUAGGUUUUCAUGCAUAGUAAAUAAGCAAUUUGGAAUAAUAGAAAUAAGUAAUUCUCUUUUGAAAAAAUUUCUUUUUUAAUAAUAUAGGAAACGUGAAAUACAAAUACGAAAUUGAAGUUUGCAAGAUGAAAUAAAAUUCAGAUUCAAAUACUGUUGCUUUCAAAGUGUUAGUGCCGGUUGCACAACAGCCGGUUGAAUUUUAAUCGUAAAAGAAAUAUUUAGCUUCAUUUUCAGGAAUUUUGUCUAAUCCAAAUUGGCGGGUUUCAAAGAUUACAAUACAUCAAAAUAGAAAUGCAUAAAAAUGAAUCAACUAAUAAAUCAACAACUACGCCUAUAUUAGUUGUAGACUAAAGACUGUUCUUUUAUUCUGAAUUAUCAGUUAUUUUAGUUAGUUAUUUUUGACUGAAUUUUCAGUUUAUCAGGUACAAUGAUAAUUAUUAGCCUAUUCAUCGUAACUAUAACCUAUUCAUCAAAAGUCUUCCUGACAUCAACUUACUACAUAAUUCAUGAGCGGCUUACUCUGUUUAUAAAAUGGUUGACUUGAAAUACACUUGAUUUUCUUCAUUGGUGUACCGGAACAGUAAAAUGUCGUUCUCAGGUCUUUCAGUGUCUGUUAGAUUUCAUCUCAUAUUUUAGCCAGUUUUAUGGUCGUCCAUCUUGUUUUUGUAAUAUUUGAAUCUACCGCUGCUACAGUCCCUGGACAACAUUUCACUUGUCAUGCAAUCUCUGACGUCACAGUUUCAUUGAUCGCUUGAUCGAUAGUAGCGCUAGUUGUCGUCUGCUUCUUUCAGUGUUUUCUAGUUUAAUAUUCGUCUAUAAGUAUUUUGAAUUGUAUUUUCAUUGUUUUUGAACCUCCAUUGGUAUAUUUCAACAUUCACAUCAACCUCAACACCUUCAGUUCGCUUAAUAUCGAUUUUAUAUUUUCACUUCAUUCCAUGAGUUUGUGCGCAUCACUGCCGAUCACGUCAUGUUUCCGCUACGGGAGUUCCUGUUUCUUCACCCAGCGAGCAAGACAGCGUCACUCUCUUUGUACAGCCAUACAAUGUAACAUCUUAGUUUAACGCGUCCAUCUUAGGAAAACUUUAUCCAUUUUCAUCAUUCAUUAUGUCCUAGUUUGUGUUCUUAUUCGAUUACCAUUCAACGCAUUUGUCAUCAGUGAACGUCUUUCAACCAUAAUUUCUAUGAUUUUAAUGUACCUUUCGGGACUUUUCUACUGAGCGUCCUUUUUGCAAUUCACGCCAUGCUUUCUGCAUACCACGUUUUCAAUUAUUCAUCAUAUUAGUGUUAUGAACUGUAAGUAAUUUCAACAUUCUUUUCCACCAUGAAUUCUACAUGAACUUUCAACAAUUCUCAACAUGAACUUUUGAUUCAAUAUUUAUCACUUCAAUUUUACUGAGCAUCAGUACACAUUAUUUAGCGGUUACAUUCAUUCAUCUUGUAUGCUCGUAGGAGAUACAUUUCAACUUGGGAAGUCUUGUGCAAGUGCAGCUUACCUUAUUCAACAUUUCAACUUGGGAAAUUUGUGCAAGUGCAGUUUGCCCUUCAUCGUCAACCGCUACUCAUUUUUAGCUACUCAGUCUUAGCUACUCACCAUUUAUUUAGUCGAACUUUAUCAAUCUCAAUUCUUACUGAUGCCAGUGAUUUCAUUUGUCAAGAACAUUUUAUCUUGUUAUUCAAAUAUUUAUUCACUGCAAUUACAUCAACUUUAGGACAUAACUUCAAACAUUUAUUCUACUUAAUUCAUGGUGGAACCUUUUUCCAAUUAACAUUCAACCAGUGAAACUCAUUCAAUUUGUGAAGUGCCCAUUCGUCAUUAUAUUCAUUAUCAACUUUAAUAUCGGAACAGUCUCAACUUUCAAUAUCUCAAUGUAUUCAAGUCAAGUUCUCUUCCGCAUCAGUCACCAUUUAUCAGGAUAUAGUCAAGAUAUCUACAUCGUUCAACUUCUAUUAGCCCAGCAGCUGUUUGCAACUACAAUGUACUUGACAGGAGUCAAGUUUUUCAUCCACAGAUUUUGAGUCACCAUAGGCCUAUCACUUCGGCAACACAUCAUUAAUUAUUCAGGGAAGUCUUAUUCUUAUAUUCACAUUUUUGUACUUACCCUUUCAGAGGCACUGUGUUUACUGGUAGUUUUCAUCCCAUCAAUUUGGUUCUUGAUUAACUUCUUAUUCCUAAAUAAUAACUAUUUAAAUACUAUCAAUCAUUCAAUUUUUUAUCUUAUAUUAUUAUUACUUAUGUGUUCUACAUAUAGUAAUAUUCCCUAUGCAACUUGACAUGC